GGAACGUCAGCUUUUACUAAGUUAUUUGUGUUAGCCUAAGGAAUUUACCAGAACAAAGAAUGAGACAAGCUGAAUAGUUUCAAAGGGGAACUUCAGCUAUUUUAGAGCACAAGUCAGUAAACUCUGCUUACGUAGUUGCCUCCAUUCAUUCUCUGAAGCCAAUCACUUCCCCUGUGGCGGCUGAUAAGAAUUUAACAGCUUGCUGAGGUGGAGUGUCAGUAUCCUUAGUACUAAACACAUUCCCAGGCACAUCAGUAGCCUCUGUCCAUCACCCAUGCUGGAAGCUGCUUGGAAAAGGAGAAGUAGAAAUCGGGGAAGGGAAAUCAUGCAUCAUCAUCCUGGCUGGAACGUACUGAAGACUUUAUGCUUUUUUCAUCAUGUGGAUUCGCUGGAGAAAUGACCUUCUUUGAUCAGCCAGGGAAAACCAAAAACUGGUUAAUUUGCCCCCUGUGCCCACCACGAGUGCUGAGGCUCUGGACCUGCAGGCGCCUGAGGACAAGGAGGAAUCUGCUUGUGGGCACAGCCUGCGUGAUCUACCUGGGCUUCCUCGUCAGUCAAGUGGGGCACGUUUUGCCCCAGCACAAAGGAGGACCCUCGAAGAGCAGCUCCAGAAGUCUCCAGGAUGUUGCCCAGACUCCUUUUCUGGGCAUCCCACUGGAUGGCACCCUCUCACCACCCAACUUCCAGGAGCCCCAGCUGGGUGGCAAUGGCACCUCCGUGCCACCCAACGUGGUUUACAUCACCCUGCGGUCCAAGCGCAGCAAGCCUGCCAACAUCAGGGGCACCGUGAGGCCAAAGCGCAGGAAGAAGCAUGCCGYCCCUCUGGCCUACGGGCAGCACUUCCCAAAAGCUGCUUUCCCUGGCCGGGAGGAGACCUUCGGCCAGCAACCAGGACGGGCCGCGCGUGCCGCGGGCACGGCGGGAGCAGCGCCCGCUCCAGGGACCGGGAGGUACCACCUGGAUGAGCAUAGGGAUGCAGAAGUGGCCAUCAGGGGGAGGGCUGGCAGGAGACCUUGGGGGGUUCCUGGAGGUGUGAAGGCACAGCCCCAGGCCCAGGAAAGCAAUAUCAGGAUUUACAGCAAGAGCUCUCCCUCUUGGCUGAGCAAAGACGACAUCCUAAGCAUGCGCGUGCUGGCAGACGCUCCCAUAGAGAGCAUCCAAGAAGAACCUUCCCAUAACGGAGUCCUGGUAGUAUUUGGGAAGGGCUCCCACCCGCCAGGAGCCGCCUGCGAUCACGGGCACUGCGGCGUCAUCAAAAGACCCCUCGACAUGAGCGAGGUGUUUGCCUUUCAUUUGGAUAGGAUCUUGGGGCUAAACAGGAGCCUGCCCUCGGUAAGCAGGAAAUCGGAGUUCUUCYCAGACAGUCAAGCCUGCCCUGUUAUUCUCUGGGAUCCCACACUGAGUCCAACAGAUAAUUUUACCCAUUCUUCAGUGAGAUUAACGUGGGGGAGAUAUCAGCAGCUAUUGAAGCAGAAAUGCUGGCAGAAUGGUAAAAUACCCAAAGCUGAAUGGGGCUGUACUGAAAUCCAUCAUCAUGAGUGGUCCAAGAUGGCACUCUUUGAUUUUCUUCUGCAGAUCUAUAAUCGACUGGACAGGAAUUGCUGUGGAUUCAGACCUCUCAAGGAAGAUUUCUGCAUGCAGCAAGGACUGAAGCUGAAGUGUAAUGACCAAGAUGCUAUUGAGCUGAUGCACAUAGUUCAGAGAAGGCAUGACCAAAAGCACUUGGCUUUUAUAGGCAAUAAGGGUUUCUUUGACAGAAAUGAGGACAAUCUAGACUUCAAAAUACUACAAGGAAUCAAUGAAUUCCCUGAAUCUGCAGUUUCAGUGCUGAGGAGCCAGCGUUUACGUGAGAAGUUGCUUCAGUCUUUGUUCCUUGACAGAGUGUAUUGGGAAAGCCAAGGAGGCAGGAAGGGAAUUGAAAAGCUUAUUGAUGUAAUAGAAAGGAGGUCCAGAAUUCUUCUAACUUAUAUAAAUGCACAUGGAGCCAAAGUAUUACCCAUGAACGAAUGAAGUACCCUUGUUUUAAACUGAAAGAUAGUCUUCCUAAAUAUUUUGAGUACAAGUUGUUUUGAUGAGUAGAUGGAUCGUCUGGUAUUUUUCAUCUAUUGAUUGCCCAGAUUUUAUUCACA